CUAUGUCACUGCAGUAUCUUUUUUCUUUCUUUUUUUGGCCACGCCACGCAGCAUCUUAGUUCCCAGACCAGGGGUUGAACCGUGCCUCCUGCCUUGGAUGCGCAAAGUCGUAACCACUGGACUGCCAGGGAAUUCCCCAGUUACUGCACUAUUUUUAAAAGUCAGAAGGGGUUCCCAAAAGCUCAUAAUGAACAAAAUAUGCAAAUGUCAAAUGAAGACAGAAUCUGAGGCUGCACGACUUACCUCACUGUCCUCACCCUAAACCCGGCCCUGGUGGGAGUGUCCCACACCCUCCCACAGCCUCUUUGCCUCUGGGCCAACCCCCUGAAAUCCCCUGGGGGUUCCUGGCUCUUUCCAGCUCCGUGUCCAGCCUGUUCCCCAGGUUUCCUCAGCGUCCAGCAGUGGCUCUGCCUGUCCCCGGGCGUCCCAGGCCCUUGGAGAAUGUCCACGGUUCGGGGCUACCUUCCCAGAGCCCGGGUUUCUGCCUCUCUGUGGCCUGGAGCGUGGAAUGUGGCUGGUGGGGGUGGGGGUCCCCAUCUCUGUGGUUGAUGAGUGAUGGGCAUCUUCUGUCGGCGCCAGCUGCUCUCUGUUCCUCCCCGCCCUGGCCUUUCUCUGUCUUUCUCCCUGUCAUCGUGGCCCUCCCUGGCGUGCCCCCUCCUCGCUGCAGCCGGAAGGAAGGCUCUUCUGGGAAAGGCCACAGGGUUACCACUUCUCCCUUUCGUGGCCUCCUCCUUCUGCCCCCACCUUUGGGGCCUUCCGCACCCGAGACUGGGGGUGGCCGGGGAAGGGACUGGGGGCUUCUCCUCCGGAGCCCCAUGAACCAGGCAGUGAGUCAGAAGAGGAAGGGGAAGUAGGGGGCCUCGACUGGGGGCUGGGCUUUCCCCUGGGUGGGACCUGAGUCCCUUGCCUGCCCGAGGGUGCUCCCUGCCCCAGCCUCUGAAAGCAGAUCCCGCCUGAGCCAUGGCCCCAAGACUUGUCCUCACCCUCACCUUCUGGGUGGGUUGCUCACUUUGCUGCGGGAGAGAAGCAGCUGUCACCCAGCCCAGGGUGCGGUGCCAGGCCUCUAGGUACCCGAUCGCAGUGGAUUGCUCCUGGACCCUGCCGCCCGCUCCAAACUCCUCCAGGCCCACGUCCUUCAUUGCCACAUACAGGCUUGGCGUGGCAGCCCAUGGGGAGAGCUGGCCCUGCCUCCAGCAGACACCAGAGGCCACCAGCUGUAUCAUCCCUGACAUCCAGAUGUUCUCCAUGGUGCCCUAUGUGCUCAACAUCACGGCUGUCCACCCCCAGGGCGUCAGCAGCAGCUUCGUGCCGUUCGUCCCAGAGCACGUCAUCAAACCGGACCCUCCAGAAGGUGUGCGCCUGAGCCCCCUCCCUGGGCAGCGGCUCUGGGUGCAAUGGGAACCCCCCCGGUCCUGGCCCUUCCCAGAGAUCUUCUCACUCAAGUACUGGAUCCGCUACAAGCGCCACGGAGCUGCCCGCUUCCGCCAGGUGGGGCCAAUUGAAGGCACAUCCUUCACCCUCAAGGCUGUGAGGCCCCAAGCCAAGUACUGCAUCCAGGUGGCUGCUCUGGACCUCACUGACUAUGGGGAAUCAAGCGCCUGGAGUCUCCCCGCCGUUGCCUCCGUGACCCUGGAUCCACAUGAGACCCUGUGAGGAGAGGACAGACCAGGACACACACACACAGUGAAUCCCCACUGCCACACAUGGGGUCAGGGCUGGACCAGAGAAAGAGACAGGGCUGGGGGAGUCAGGGCAGGGGUAGUGGGUGUUCCACCUGGGAUGGAAUGAUGAAUCCAUUCAGUUCAGUUCAGUUUGGUUCACCUCAAAAGCUGCCCAGAUGUGAGCCCCACUGUGGGUGGACACCAAUGGGACAUGAGUUUGUCUGGGAAGCUCUGAGGAGGGGAAAACACAGCCAGGCUCUGAAGGAUUUUCUCAAUCCAGGAGCUUCUCGGUACAUUUCACUCAGGUCUCAAUUCCAAGGUCACCUCCUCCAAGAAGCCUUCCCUGACCACCUCAUCUAGGGCAAGCAGAAUAAAGACCCUCCCCAAAGAGAUCCAUGUCCUAAUCCCCAGAACCUGUGAAUGUGAUACCUUACACAGCACAAGGGACUUUGCAGAUGUGAUUAAUUUAACAAUCUUGAGGAUCCUUAAAGAUUGAGGAUCUUUCAUUAAGUUAAUGAAAAUGGGGACUUCCCUGGUGGUACAGUGGUUAAGACUCCAUGCUCCCAAUGCAGGGGGCCCAGGUUUGAUCCCCGGUCAGAGAACUAGAUCCCACAUGCCUGCUGCAACUAAGAGUUUGCAUGCCACAAGUAAGGAGCCAGCAAGCCACAACUAAGGAGCCCACCUGCCACAGCUAAGACCUGGUGCAACCAAAUAAAUAAAUAUAUUUUUUAAAGUUAAUGAAAAUGAAGUAGAGUUAUAUUGUAUUAUCCAGGUGGCCCCAAGGUAAUCACAAGUGACCUUAUAAAAGGGAAGCAGGAGGGUCAGAGGGAGACAGAGAAAGUGAUGUGACAGUGGUAGCAGAGGUCAGAGUGAUCCAGGACCACGAGCUAUGGAACUCUGGCAGCCUCUAGAAGCUGGAAAAGACAAGGAAAUGGAUUCUCUCCUGAAGCCUCCUGAAGGAACCUGCCACCCAUUUUAGACUUCUGACCUCCAAAAUUCUAAUAAAUGUGUUGUUUAAAAAUA